AUGGAUGAACGAGCCACGGAGCUAUUAGCUGCCCUGCGCAACACCUCCCUCUCUGUCGACGCGAAGAUAGCAUCGCUGACCAAGCUCAAGUCGGAAAUCAAGCAGAGGAAUGUUCCUACGUCUGCUGUGGGAGAUAUAUUCGAUGCCAUUCGCCUGGCCAUUGCGUCACAGCAUGCCUCUCUCUCUGCUGGUGGCUUCUCCGCACUCGGUCAUCUGCUGAAACGGCUCUACCUCCAGGAACAGACUGCACUGAUCGCCAGCCAAGGGCGCCAUACGUACUCGCUGCUGCUGGAAAAACUUGGUGAUCACAAGGAGCGAGUGCGGGCGCAGGCAUCCCAGGCGUUUGCAGACUUUUGGCAAGCAUCACCCACCGAGACUGAGCAUCAUGUUCUAGAGGUUGCCCUCGUCGGCAAGAGCCCGAGAGCAAAGGAGACUAGUAUGAUGUGGUUGGUGAAGAUGACAAAGGAGCGGGGGGUCCUUUUCCGCGCUCAUGUCCCCAGUCUCGUGGUUGGCCUCGAAGAUGCCGACAGUGCCGUCAGAGAAACGGCCAAAGCCGCCGUGAUCGAGCUAUUCCAGAAUGCGCCUUCAAGAGCAAUAUCAGACCUAAAGAAACAGAUACAAUCACAUAAUGUCAGGCGGUCUAUCACUCUGUCAAUAUUUGCAGCCCUCGGGAUCAAUUCCAUCUCUGAUGCAGACCUUCCAUCCUCCCACUCCGGAAUGGCUGCUCGGCCAGGAAGCAGUUUCUCCCACCGUCGUGAGGAACCGCCAAGGCCCAACUCCGUUCUUUCAACACGCUCACAUCCCAACCAAGAUGGAAGCGGUCGAAAUGAUGACUCUCAUUAUGGUCUCUCAAGGCCUCCCAGAGGUGAUCCACCCCGAAAAGAUGCACUCUCGCAUGCCGCCAGCAUUGAGUCCCUCUCCGCAGUUAGCCUCGAGCCCGAGGAACCCGUAUCCCUUGACCCUAUUACUGUAUACUCAAACCGAGAAGUAGACGAGAUGUUCCGGGACAUGAUACCCCAUUUUGAAGGCAAGGAAACGGAACAUAAUUGGCUACACCGUGAAAGAGGAGUUCAAACUUUACGAAAGUUGACAAAAGGGAAUGCGCCACACGACUAUCAGGCUCACUACCUGGCAGGUAUCAAACAACUCUUAGACGGUAUCCUAAAAGCUGUCAACUCGCUACGUACUACGCUAUCGGCUGCGGGAUGUUCUCUUGUCCAAGAUAUUGCUCGAGUAAACGGACCAGCUAUCGAGCCAAUGGUGGAGAUCCUGCUUCAGAAUCUUAUUAAACUCUGUGGUGCCGUUAAGAAAAUUACUUCUCAGAGUGGGAAUAUUACCGUUGAUACCAUCAUCGGCAAUAUCUCUUACUCCACACGUCUACUUCAACACAUGUGGGCUGCCUGUCAGGAUAAAAACACACAGCCUCGGCUUUUUGCUACUGGGUGGCUCAAAACGCUCAUGACUCGACAUGCUAAGCAGAAAAACGCGAUUGAACAUAGUGGUGGUGUUGAUCUGAUUGAAAAGUGUAUUAAGAAAGGUCUGGCCGAUGCAAAUCCAGGAGUUAGAGAGAAUAUGCGUGGAACUUACUGGGCUUUUGCACAUAUUUGGCCGGAUAGAGCUAGAAGCAUUAUUUCUGAAUUGGACACGAAGUCAAGGUCUCUUCUUGAAAAGGACUCAGGGAACCCGAAUGCUGCAGCACAUGCCUCAAACACUACUACCUCUCGCAGUGGGCAGUCGCAGACAUCGUCAGCUACAAGGAUGACUUUGAAAGAAACUAUUGCUGCACAAAAGAAGGCUCGGCUAGCCGCAGCCAGAAACCUCCCUCCCCGCCCAGAAUCCGCCCAAUCUACCUUCUCUGAACAAAGACCUACCAGGCCCACUGUGCACAGACAACCCGCAUCUUCCUCCUCUGUCCGAAACGUGGCUACUGGAUCACAGCUGUCAUCCUCCACAUCAUCUGCACAAGGAGGAUCCCUUUCAUCAGCCCCAAUGCGUCCAGCCAUGCGCCCUCGCAGACCAGAGUUAAUGAGGCCGGCAACUGCAGAUCCUUAUUCUCGGAGGAAUGCUCCCCUCAGUGCUCAAUCAAAGAUUUUAAGCCCCACUAACAGCCCGCAAAGGUCCAGCCCAAAAACGGCGCCUGCCCCCCGCACCAGGAAUCCCCCAGCACGGCCCAAGUCUAGGAUGGAAGGCGUAACUACAAAUACUAUCCAGAGAAAGGCUGCGGCGUCCGAGCCCCCAACAGUCCAAAGGGCCGAACCAAAUUCUAUCAAUCUAAUACAUCCGGAGCCAGAGCCAGAGCCAGAGCCGGUCAUUCCCACCUCUCAAGUAGUAGAAGAGGCUGUUAUGAGUCCAACCAAAGCAGAUGAGGAAUUUACCAUUGUUUUGCCUGAUAUAAUUAGCCCAAUGCAAGUUGAAGUGCCUCAGACUCCAGUUUCUGUUCCAACGGCCGCCGCAAUUGAAUCUACAGUUGAAAGCCCAAUUGUGGACCCUAUUGAAAUACCACUAGAAGCAUCAGUUGAAGCACCAAGUGAGACACUAGUUGAAGUGCCAAUCGAGUCACCAGCUGAGGCACCUGUCCAGGCACCGGUCGAAGAGCCAGCUGAAAUACUAGCUGAAGCACCGGUCGAAAUACCAGUCGAAGAGCCAGUCGAAUUGCCAACUGAAGUGCCACGUGAGCCGGCCAGUGCCUUGGAUGAAACCCCGACCGAAACCCCAGCUGAAACUCCGGUGGAAACAGCAAUUGAAAUCCCAGUUGAGGCUCCUAUCGAAGUUCCUGCAAACAUUCCAGCCGCUAUUGACCCAACCGAUUUACCUAAUGCAGAUACAAAUCUCACCGAGUCCUUCAUUGAAGAUAUGCCCAAGGUCCAGCCAGAACCUCACAAAGAUGCUGUUGUUAUAGGCGGCCAAAUUACUCCUCCCCGACAACGUCAACUUAGUACAACCCCUCGAUCAAAGAUCCCUACUUCUCCUACAUUUCGCCAACAUAGCAGGGAAAUUACUCUCUCUAGCCCCCUUCGUACUCCACCAAGGAGCCAUAUUCGGCCCUCUGAACCAGAAAUCUCUACCAUUGUCAAACUAUCUCCGCCAUCUACGUCUGCCGAUUCCAAUGGAACGACGGCUCUUAAAGUAUACGAAGACCCCCAGUCGCCUAUCUCAAAAACUACCACUUCUUCACCUACAACACCACAAACAAACCGGCUAGUCUCGAUAACGAAACCCCUCGAGAUUCUACCUCUAAAGGAACCUUCGAGUACUAACCGCAAAUAUAACCAAGAUACCCAGAGUAUUGCUCCAUUAUCAUACUCUCCACCAGCCCCUGCUUCUAAUGAAAAUUCCCAUCGGCGAUGGAAGAAAGUUGAAAUAUCGGAGAGACGAAGGAGCCUUAGUCCUCACUCAAAAGACCCUAACAGGGCCCAAGACAUGAUCGAUAGGGGACUUAUGAGGAUCCGAACUUCCUCUCUGGAUGUCCAUGGGUACAGAAAAUUUCAGGGCCUUAUCCGGUACCACGAAACCAUCAUAAAUGAUGAAGCCAAGUAUUCCCAAAUCUUGCUUGCAUUAUUCGAUGCGUUAGAAUCUCCCGAUGGAGACAAGGUUUCAAGCACAAGCCGAUCUUUCGACUUGAAGACGCAAAUUCUCUUUACCAUACGGCUCAUGCUAUCUCAAAACAGAGAACACUUCUCAAAAUUUUACUCCAGGGCGAUGAUAUCGAUCAUCAAGACACGGAAACAUUACGAUAUCACAAAUCACAUUGUAUCGGGCCUUGAGGAAACUUCUGAAGACAUUGUUCGUGCUUGCAACCCACAAGAGGUGGUCGAUGCAAUUCUUGACCUACUCGAAACAGAAGAGAAGUCACCAGAAUCGAGCCGCAUGGUAUCUAUGGGCACGUAUGUGCUCUGUGGACUGUUACAUCGACUAAACGAUAAGAAACUCUACUUCAGUGACCCCGAGCUCGAACGCCUCGGCAAGUUCGCCAGCGAAAACCUUAGGAAUCCCCAGCCCGAUGUUCGCCGUGCAGUCAUGGACUUCUGCCUAGAACUGCACGAGAUGGCAAAGCCAGAGGAGAAAUUUUGGUCCAUUGUCAACUCCCCGGGAGAAGAUGUUCGACCGCUCCUAACAUACUAUAUCAUGAGGAAACCCAAGACUUAG